CUUUGCAUUCUGUCUUUUACUACUAUACUCUACUAAAAUACACCAUUUCUUUCGCUUUCUCUAAUUUAAUUCCCUUCGUUUUUUUCUUCCAUUUUAUUUGUCAUGAAUUAUAAACCGUUCCCUUCAAAAUUCCCUUAAACUAUUAUUGGGUUGAAGUCCCUUUUGUUACCAUCACCUAUUAUCUUCAACCCCAAAAAAAAUAUUUUAAAAAAAAAAAAAAAAAAAGUUGAACCCGUAAUAUAAUACGGAUGAGCGUAUAUCUAGUUAUGUGAAGGUACAUUUAAUGAUACUUAUACAUUCGCUCAAUUCAACUCAUCAAUCCCAAUGAUACAUGACUAGGGGACUGGGGACAUACAGUACACCCGAAUGUGUAAUAAAAAAAAUGUUGUAUACAUGUAUAUAAAAUAAUACUUGUAGAGAAGAAUCACGGAAAUUAUAAAGCUUGAGAUAUGCUUUAAGCUGCCAUCUAUAUAUGAUCAUGAAAUAAAGUUUUUUUCUCCAGCUGUGCUUGUUAUAUAUAGAGUUUCCAUAUAAAGCUAUUUUCUCUACAUUUAUAAUAUAGAAACUACUUCAAUGUUCCUAGUAAGUUGAAGAGUGUAAUUAAUAACUUUUCCAAAUUUAAUAAAAUUAGUAAUCUAUCUAGCUUUAUUAAUAUAUGAUGGGUUCAUCAUCAAUGUACUUCAUAGCUAGAAUAUCUUUUCUAUGGCUACCUAUAUGUGCCAACAUUAUGAAUGCUCAACUUACGCCGAAUUUCUACGCAAGAAGUUGCCCGAAGCUUCACAACAUUGUACGUACUACAAUGGCUCUAGCGGUUGCUAGAGAACCGCGUAUUGGUGCCUCUAUUCUUCGCUUGUUCUUCCAUGAUUGCUUUGUAAAUGGUUGUGACGGGUCGGUGUUACUAGAAGAUACGCCAGCUUUCAAAGGAGAGAAGAAUGCCUAUGCAAAUCAAAAUUCAUUGAAGGGUUUUAAAUUGAUUGAUAUAAUCAAAAAGAAUGUGGAAGCUAAAUGUAAGAAUACAGUUUCUUGUUCUGACAUUCUUGCUCUUGCUGCACGAGAUGGAGUUGUUUUGUUGGGUGGUCCUAGAUGGAAGGUACCACUAGGAAGGAGAGACGCAAGCUUUGCAAGCUUUAGCGCAGCAAAUGCCAACCUUCCACCACCAACAGCCAACCUUGCAACCCUUAUCUCCAUGUUUUCCUCCAAGAACCUAACCGCCCGUGACAUGACCGCCCUAAGCGGGGCCCACACCAUCGGCAUGGCACGAUGCUCAUCGUACCGGUCCCAUAUCUACAACGAGGCCAACACCAUCAAUGCCGGCUUUGUCGCAGCCAGGAUGAGCACAUGUCCAUCCGUAGGAGGGGAUGAUAAUUUAGCCCCUCUUGACAUGAACUCCCCGAACCAUUUCGACAAUAGCUAUUUUCGGAACCUCAUGGCUAGGCAAGGGCUACUACAUUCUGACCAGGAGUUGCUCAAUGGUGGAUCACAAGAUGCUUGGGUUAGGCUUUAUGCUAAGAGUAACUAUGCUUUGGCUCAGGAUUUUACUGCUGCUAUGAUUAAAAUGGGGAAUAUUAGUCCACUUACUGGAUUUAAUGGUGAGAUUAGGAAGCAUUGUAGGUUUGUUAAUUGAUAAUAUUCAUUAUCAUAUCGAGUUGAUUUGUAUCAUUGUAUGUAUGUAUAUGAUAGGCUCGCUCAUUGAAGAACAAAUGUAUGUUAGCUAAACAUGCAUAUUUUUUUGUUUGUUAUUAUUUUAUAAGAAUUGAUUCUUCACCCUCAAUUUCAUGUUGAUCAUAAACUAGGGUGAGCACGUAAUUUGAGGAAUUUAGGGGAAAAGUGUAGUUAGUUUCACAAAUAAGCAAUGUAUGUACGUAGUAUGUAUGAACUGAUUCCUAUGUUUUCUUCUAAAUGCAUUAUUUUGACGGGAA